UCUGGUUUCCCUUAACCAUGGGAACUGAAAGCGCUGGGAAACCAGGAGAAAAGAGGCUUUCAAAAGGUAGGGCACCAUCAACACCUUCGUGACAGGAUUACGAGUGUCUAGAUUCCCAAAGGUCCAGGAUGACAGGUGAGAGGAGCAACUUUAACAGCUGCUAGAGACUGAGUUGAAACGUUUUCGCCAGAAAGACGUUUGGCUAAGAAGUCAUGGAGCCGGGAAAGGGAAGAGCUCAGCGGACAAGGCAAGUGCUGCUUUUCUUUGUUUUCCUGGGAGGGUCUUUGGUGUGUUCUGAGACCUGGAGCUAUUCCACAGCAGAGGAAAUGGAGGUCGGCACAUUUAUAGCCAACGUGGUGAAAGACAUGGGUUUGGAUGUGGAAGACCUGGUUGCACGGGGCGCCAGAGUCAUCUUUGACGACUAUAAACCUUAUUUGCGAUUGGAUCCACAAAAUGGCGACUUGCUCUUAAACGAGCAGCUGGACCGAGAGGCACUUUGUGAUCUCACAGAGCCUUGUAUAUUGCAUUUCCAGGUGUUAUUUGAAAAUCCGUUGCAAUUUUUUCGGGCUGAGCUUUUGGUCAAAGACAUAAAUGAUCACACUCCCACGUUCCUAAAUAAUCAUAUACUUCUAAAAGUCUCCGAAGGUACUACUCUAGGAACUGUAUUCCAAAUAGAUAGUGCUCAGGACUUGGAUGUGGGAAAGAAUGGUGUUCAAAACUAUACAGUAAGUCCCAAUCCCUAUUUCCACCUUAAAUUACGACACAGUGAUGAGGGCAGAAAAUAUCCAGAGUUGGUACUGGACCAAUCCCUGGAUCGAGAAAAGGAGUCUGAGCUUAGUUUAACGCUAACAGCCGUGGAUGGCGGGUCUCCGCCCAGGUCUGGGACUACACUGAUUAACGUUGUGGUCCUGGACAUCAAUGACAAUGCCCCUGAAUUUGAGAAGCCAGUCUAUGAAGUUCAUGUACCUGAGAGCAGCCCUCUGGACUCCUUGAUCAUCAAAGUGUCUGCUACAGAUUUAGAUGCAGGAAUAAAUGGAGAACUGUCUUAUUCAUUUUCCCAUGUCUCCAGAGAUGUACGGAAAACAUUUGAAAUCCAUCCAAUUUCUGGCGAAGUCUAUUUAAAAGCACCUCUAGAUUUCGAGAUUAUUCAAUCUUACAUCAUAAACAUUCAGGCCAUUGACAGUGGGAGCCUUUCUGGAAAAUCAAACAUUUUAGUUCGGGUUGUAGAUGUGAAUGACAACCCGCCAGAAAUAGCCAUGACAUCUCUUACCAGCCCCAUACCGGAAAACUCUUCACCUGAGAUGGUGGUCGCUGUCUUCAGCAUACGAGACCAAGACUCUGGAGACAAUGGGAGAAUGGUUUGCUCAAUUCAGGACAACCUCCCCUUUGUCUUGAAGCCUACCUUCAAGAAUUUUUACUCUCUGGUAACAGAGCACCCACUGGACAGAGAGAUCAGAAAUGAAUAUAACAUUACCAUCACCGUGACCGACUUGGGGACACCCAGGCUGAAAACCGAGCACAACAUAACCGUGCUGGUCUCCGACGUCAAUGACAACGCCCCCGCCUUCACCCAAACCUCCUACACUCUGUUCGUCCGCGAGAACAACAGCCCCGCCCUGCACAUCGGCAGCGUCAGCGCCACAGACAGAGACUCAGGCACCAACGCCCAGGUCACCUACUCGCUGCUACCGUCCCAGGACCCUCACCUACCCCUUCCCUCCCUGGUAUCCAUCAACGCAAACAGUGGCCACCUGUUCGCCCUCAGGUCGCUGGACUACGAGGCCCUGCAGGAGUUCGAGUUCCGCGUGGGCGCCACAGACCGCGGGUCCCCGGCGCUGAGCAGCGAGGCGCUGGUGCGCGUGCUGGUGCUGGACGCCAACGACAACUCGCCCUUCGUGCUGUACCCUCUGCAGAACGGCUCCGCUCCCUGCACCGAGCUGGUGCCCCGUGCUGCCGAGCCGGGCUACCUGGUGACCAAGGUGGUGGCAGUGGACGGCGACUCGGGUCAGAACGCCUGGCUGUCGUACCAGCUGCUCAAGGCCACGGAGCCCGGGCUGUUCGGUGUGUGGGCGCACAAUGGCGAGGUGCGCACCGCCAGGCUGCUGAGCGAGCGCGACGCGGUCAAGCACAGGCUGGUGGUGCUGGUCAAGGACAAUGGCGAGCCUCCGCGCUCGGCCACCGCCACGCUGCACGUGCUCCUGGUGGACGGCUUCUCCCAGCCCUACCUGCCUCUCCCAGAGGCGGCCCCGGCCCAGGCCCAGGCCGACUCGCUCACCAUCUACCUGGUGGUGGCGUUGGCCUCGGUGUCGUCGCUGUUCCUCUUGUCGGUGCUCCUGUUCGUGGCGGUGCGGCUGUGCAGGAGGAGCAGGGCGGCCUCGGUGGGCCGCUGCUCGGUGCCCGAGGGCCCCUUUCCAGGACAUCUGGUGGACGUGAGCGGCACCGGGACCCUAUCCCAGAGCUACCAGUACGAGGUGUGUCUGACAGGAGGCUCCGGGACAAAUGAGUUCAAAUUCCUGAAGCCGAUAAUUCCCAAUCUGCUGCCCCGGGACAGCGAAAUGGAGAAAGCCCCACCUUUCUGAAUGGCAUGGAAUUCAAUUAGGGAUCUGAUUAUGAUGCAGAACUUUUAGAAUGAGUCUAUUUCUUUGAAAUCUUUUUGUUAUUUAGAGUUUUUCAUUUUGGGUAACUACAUUUUAUUCAAGAGUUUUCAGAAGUUACAAGAAUUUAAGACUAUUUUUUAUUGUUUUAAUCGUGAAAAAAUUGAAAGCUGGAAUUUACUUAGUCAUUGUUUUGAAAUACAACCUCAAAUAAUAUGUUCACAUACACAUUAUUUUCCCUUCAAGUUUAAUUGCACACUGGGCUCAUUCCUAUUUUCUGAGUGUUCUGACUGUGGAUCCUCUAACCAAAGCAGUUUUUAUAUGAUUGAGAAUAUUAUUAUAGAGGUAAAUGCAUGAUAUUAACAAAAACAUAAUUGCUUGUUAUCUGGUUAGGUUGGUUUCUAAGAUGUUAUCUAAUUUAGGUUUCUUUUUUUAAAACCUAUGAUCUUUUCAUUCUACUUUUCUGGCAAACAUUGCAGAGAAUUUUUCCUGUACUGAGGGUUUUUUUUUUUCAUAAUUAUGUGUGAACCAUAUAUAUGCUAGUAGAUGUUGUUUUAUUUAAAUAUAUUCAAAACCUUGUUUGGAUUA